GAAAUCAACGCCUGCAAGAAAGAAAGAAGGAAAGAAAAAAUCUUUUAAGAAGCGUACAAGCGACGUGGGGAAAUCACGAAAUCAUUACCUAUAUAAACCGAAAGCAGAGAGAUCCCUCUUCAUCUCAUCCCUCUACUGUAGAGAGUCUCUCCACAAACCCUAAAGCUCGAUUCUAAGUCUCGCAGAAGCCGAAUCGUUACCAACGUUGAAGAUCGAGGAAACAAGAAUGAGGAUUGAUGUUUCUGAGCCAGAGCUAUGCGGUUGCGACACUUGUGUCCAGCAUCGGACUUUCAUUACUCAAGAAACCGAGCCGAGCAAAGAAGUGAUUGGCUCAUCGGUUCCUGUUAGUUCCGAACCAGUUCAACCUCUUGGUUCCACCUCAGAUCAGAGUUCCGGAACAGAGACGACUCCACUCGCUCCUCCUCCAGUCACCACACCGGUUAAUAAUCCUGAACCAGCAGCGCAGUCUGUUGGCUCAACCAUCCCACCUGCUGUUACACCAGUUAGUUCCGAACAACCAGCACAAGCUCUUGGUUCCACCUCGGAUCAAAGUUCCGGUACAGAGACCACUCCACUCGCUCCUCCUAUCACCACGUCGGUUAAGUCUGUUGACUCGACCAUCUUCUUCAAGUUCCCACCGGUACAAGCACAAGCUCUUGCCCCUACUGCUUCCGGUUCAACGCAGGCCCCUGCUUUUGGUUUUGGUGCAUUCGCUGCUCGCGUACCAUCUGCCACCUCCGGUUGUUCAGCAUUUAGUUUCGCCCCUCCUGUUACAUCGGCACCAGUGCAAGCUCCAGGCACAACCACUACUACUACUACUACAUCCGCGGCCGCUGCUCCUGCAUCUCCAUUUCACAGUUCCUCACCAACCACAUUCCAAUUCCCUCCUGCUUUUACAUCCCUUGCUGCUUCUACUUUUCCUUCUGUUGCAUCAUCAACUUCAUCUCCACUUGAUGCUCCUCCCUCACCAUUUAGAUGGGGAUCACUGCAAGCUAACACUUCCCCACCCUUUAGCUUCUUGCCAGCGCAAGGUUCUGACAAGACUGGUUCUGCUUUUACUCCACCGUUUGGCUACCCUGGUGGUUUUGCCAGACCUGAUGUUGGUGUCUCUCAUCCAGGGUUUGGUCCCUCUAACCAUUUUGGACCAAACGCACCAACUACUACACCUGUUCCUGUUCGCAGUCCAUUUUUGGCUGGUGGUGGAACUGAACAAGGUAGUAGGUAUCCUCGUUAUUCACCUACACCAGAUGUUGACGGCAGGCUGAUAAUGUCCAUAUCUGCUUCCAACUCACAUGGACAUAAAAGUCAUGAAGAAUUGAGGUGGGAAGAUUACAAAAAUGGAGACAAAGGUGGGUUUGGGUGGUUUCCUCCUGUUCAUACAUCUCCCUUUUCCUCACCAACGGUAUCACCGUCGCUAUUUGCUCCUCCAAGCAUACCUAAUCGUCCUCAGAUGAGAACUAUUGAUCUAACGAACCGAGACAUGUGUGGUUUUCCUAUUGGCUACAACACCCCCGCUGCUUUCCAGAGACCCCCUGAACCCGCUGGUGUUUCUUCCCCAGCAUCUGGAUGCACAGCGUGUGGAGCCACGAGUAGGUCCUCUCCUUCUAGUCACUUGGGCUUGAACAAUACCACAAAUCCUCCAUCAGCUGCGACAUCUCUUCCCGGAAUGUUCUUUUCUACCUAUGGUUCUUGUCCUUUGCUGUUUGGCUCACCAAAUCUUGCAACUUAUGGUACAACAGCAAUUCCAGCAGUCCAAGCCUAUGCUAUUAUGUUUGGGGCUCCAAAUUUUACUUCUCAAGGUACAACGGCAACUCCAGCUUUUCAAGCCUUUCCUAUUAUGUUUGGGACUCCAAAUCUUGCUGCUCAAGGUACUACAAGAGCUCCAGCUGUUCAAGCCUAUCCUACGAUGUUUGGCACGCCAAAUAUUGGAGUUCAAGGUUCAACUCCAGCAGCUCAAACCUAUCCUUUGAUGUUUGGCACCCCAAAUCUUGCUGCUCAAGGUACAACAAAUAUUGGAGCUCGAGGUACAACUCCAGCAGCUCAAGCCUAUCCGUUGAUGUUUGGCACCCCAAAUCUUGCUGCUCAAGGUACAACAACUCCAGCAGUUCAGUCCUAUCCUACGAUGUUUGGAACACCAAAUCUAGCUGGUCAAAGUACAACAACAACUCGAGCAGGUCAGCCAUAUCCUACGACGUUUGCUGUUCCUCAAGCUGCGACAGCUCCAGCAGUUCAGCCGUAUGCUAUGAUGUUUGGUACACCAAGUCUCGGAGCUCAAGAUAUCACUCCAGGAGGUCAAGCCUAUCCCGCUCAUGGUUUAACUCUCCCAUUCGCCGCCAUGAGUCUGCAGUAAUUGCUCCUCGCUCUGCAUCAAACUCGUGUCUUUUAUCUUGUAGUUCUAAGGUCUUUGUUUUUUCCUUAAAGAGUCAUAAACCAAGCGUCGUCCAACUUUGUGAUUUUCAGCUAUCCAUGGAUGUAAACAAGUCUCGUGUCUUUUAUCUUUUAGUUCUAAUAUCUAUCUUUUUAAAACACAAACAUUAUGUUGGACCUAACAUUUAUUUUGUAAGUUUUUAAAUUAAAUACACAUUUAUACUUUA